AGAGAUGGGAAUAAUUGAUAAUAUUAAGGACACAUUGUCCAAGGCGGUGUUUUCUCCUACUACUCUGUUAUCCGGCCGAGGCGGGCUGCACAUGGCCCAGAUCCUUCUGUCUGUCGUCACCUUUAUCCUGGCUGCCUUCAGAGGAGGAAGCAGCCAUACCUACUGGAACUAUGCCAUGUUCACCUGGGCCUUCUGCCCCAUCAUGACCCUCAUCAUCACCAUUAUUGAGCUGUUUAAGCUGGAUAUCAUACUUAAUCUGUUUUGCAUGGACUGGUCGGACUUCACCACAGGGAUGGCCAUGUCCUCGGCACUCAUGACCGUCUCUGUCGCCAUCACCUACGCCAACUUCUACGCCUGCUUCAAAUGGGUAUGCCUGUAUGGAUGGAUAGUGAGUGUAUUUGCUUUCUUGUGCGGCUUUCUCUACACGCUUGAAGUGGUGAAGGACAAAAUCAUGGACAGGAAGAGAGGGAGCUACCUGGCUGCUCUGCCUGGAUUCUUCAAGGUGCUGGAGGCCUUUGUGAGCUGCAUGAUUUUUAUCUCACUGACUGGUUACAGAGACAAGCCCGCUCUCAUCAUGUGCGUCAUAGCAUAUAUCAUCCCUUUCCCCAUCCUCCCGUUAAUCAUAGCCACCAACAUUCUCAAGAAACUCAAAAUGUGUCUGCCCUUUAACCUGGACAGGUUUGUGUUUAUCUUCCUGGUGAUCUCUGUCGUGCUGUAUGUAUUUGCUGCUAUAAUGUGGCCCAUUUUUAUGUUCAGAAACAAUCCUCGACCCAGUGACUGUCCUCCAAGCUUCUGUAUCUGGGCCAUACAGUUUAUGGUUGCUUUUUUUACUUAUGUGAAUCUCAUUCUUUUCACGCUGGACCUCAUUUUCACUCUGCUUGGUAUCUGUCGCUUUAAACGCCCGUGAAUGUCAUACAUAACUACUUGUACAUAUGGUCAGUAUGAGUCUUAUAGAUUGAGAAACUGCACAGCAA